ACCACAAAGUUCUCAAGUCUCAGAGCUUUGAUACAAGUGCCUCUUGUCUAUUUGUCUUUCCCUUUAAAUACCUUCCCACCAACACAGUUUCAUCAACAACCAUUACUCACAAUCUCCUCUCUCUCUCUCUCUCUUUCUCUUUCUCAUAAGAUCAAGAAUCAAAAUCACCACUUAAACCUUCCAAGAUGACAUUGAGCAGAGUUCAUCAACAAGCUAUUGCAUUUCCCGCAGCCAAGACAGCCACGAUGGGUUACUUGCCUGACCCUGCAGCUUCCAUCAACAAACUACAAAUCCCAACCUCCUCUUCAAAGGUUUCUCUUUCAACAGACAAGGGAAAAUCCAUGCUGCGAAAGAAGAAGACCGAUAGCUUCACCAACGGAGCUAGAGACCAGGACAAGUUAGGACCAAAGCUAACUGAAAAAGUAAAGAGAAAGCUAUCCUUGGGAGCUAAGAUCCUUCAAAUGGGAGGCCUAGAGAAGAUCUAUAAGCGACUCUUUAAAGUCUGCGAUGAAGAGAAACUGUUCAAGGCGUACCAAUGUUACCUAUCAACAACCGAAGGCCCCAUGGCAGGCCUACUCUUUAUCUCAUCAAAGAAGAUUGCAUUCUGCAGCGAGAAAUCGAUCAAGCUGGCUUCUCCUCAGGGAGAUAUCAUCAGGGUUCACUACAAAGUGUCAGUUCCCUUGUGCAAGAUCAAUGGAGUGAACCAGAGUCAGAACACAAAAAACCCAUCUCAGAAGUACCUUGAAGUAGUCACGGUCGAUGGAUUUGACUUCUGGUUUAUGGGAUUCUUGAGCCACCAAAAAGCUUUCAACUGCCUCGAGCAAGCGCUUUCUCUUAGCUACGAGCAAUGAUAAGCCGCAAUGGUUUCCUUUGAUGAGGAGCUAAGUAGUGCGGGUUAAAGAUGAAAUAUUUCAUUUCACUUUAACCGGCUUCAAUCAGAUUAUGUUAGGAAACACUUACAAUAUUGUACAAACUUAAUUAUUUUUUCUUGCUUAUAUUCCUUUUGUUUUCUAUCGUAGAGAUUUGAAUAUAUUUAGCUGAUCCCAUCUGUUUUCCUAA